AUGGGAAGGCAACCAUGCUGUGACAAAGUUGGGCUGAAGAGAGGACCAUGGACAGCUGGAGAGGACAACAAACUCAUCAACUUCAUCCUCACCAAUGGCCAUUGCUGCUGGAGAGCUCUUCCCAAACUUGCAGGACUUUUGAGGUGUGGGAAGAGUUGCAGGCUAAGGUGGAUAAACUAUCUCAAACCAGACUUGAAGAGGGGUCUGUUAUCAGAACAUGAAGAGAAGAUGGUUAUUGAUCUCCAUGCUCAACUUGGCAACAGAUGGUCCAAGAUUGCUUCGCAGCUCCCUGGAAGAACUGAUAAUGAGAUCAAAAACCAUUGGAAUACCCACAUCAAGAAAAAGCUAAGGAACAUGGGGAUUGAUCCUCUCACCCACAAGCCACUGCCUAUCGCCACCGAUGAUCCACCGCAACCAACACCAAAAGAACAACAAGAACCACCACCAUCUUCAAGUAUUGGCACGUCUGAAAUGGAUCAAAACAAAGAAACUGAAUUGCAGACAUCAAUGCGGUCAACCAUUACUGAGGCCAAAGAAGAUGAAGACAAAAUCAUGACAAGCCCAUACCCAUUUGACUCAAUGGAAGUCAAUAGUGGCUUCUGCAUAUAUGAAGUCCCACUGGUUAAACCCAGUGAGAUUGUACUUCCUUGUGAUCUUCCUCCAUCAACCUCUUCAUUUUCAUCUUCUGGUGCUUCUUAUGUGGGCUCAUCUGAAAUGCUUGAAGACUUGCCACCGUUUGACUGGCAUUGUGCUUACAACAACAACAUGUUUGGUUUCUGGGAAGAUGACUUCAGCGAUUUGGAUAGGUUGAUUAAUGAGAGUAGUAACAUGAAUGAGUGA